CUGCGUCUCAGCUGAUCGGAAGUCCGAGUCGGAGGUAAAGUGCCAGGCUGAAGGUGUUAGCGGGGGAGUGAUGGAGGAUGCCGUAGCGGACACACGGAGGCUUUACGCCAAACCACAAAACCUCAGCGAUGCCUACGGACCUCCGAGUAACUUCCUAGAGAUCGAAGUGGGCAAUCCCGAGACGGUGGGAGUCGGACGGGGCAGAUUCACUACAUACGAGAUCAGACUGAAGACUAACCUUCCCAUCUUCAAGCUGAAGGAGUCGUGCGUCAGGAGGAGAUACAGUGACUUCGAGUGGCUCAGAGGAGAGCUGGAGAGAGAGAGCAAGGUGGUCGUUCCUCCUCUGCCGGGGAAAGCCCUGUUCAGGCAGCUCCCGUUUCGUGGAGAUGACGGCAUCUUCGACGACUCCUUCAUUGAGGAGCGGCGGCAAGGCCUGGAGCAAUUUCUCAACAAAGUCGCUGGCCAUCCGUUAGCUCAAAACGAGCGUUGCCUGCACAUGUUCCUCCAGGACGAAUCCGUGGACAAAAACUACACCCCCUCCAAAGUCAGACAUGCCUGAACCGCCCACACUGGAGCUCAUGACACGUGCGAGGAGAAGUCUCGUCCGACCUGAACUCUUCCCUCGGGAUUAAAAAACAAACGGAAUGAAUCCUUCAGCUCAUCCGAACCGUUCACACCGCAGCGUACUGCAAAGGGAAAAAAAAACCAACAAGUCUUUGAAACGAAAACAUCUCAACAUCGCACUGUAGAAUGAAUUGUCAGCACACUUUUUUUUUUUUUCUUUUUUUUUUUUUUUGAGUCAGUGCUCUGUCACUAGAGCUUGAAUAAAUCAUCAUUUCUGCUCUACGAUAAAGACAACAAUGAAGCAUCUCACGUUUUAGGUUUGUGGAUAUCCUGGUAGUUAAGAGGCACCGCUAACUUUGAGGUUUAUGAGGCUCAGGAUAUUAUUGUGAGAAAUAACAUACAUGCACGAACCAAAAAAAAAAAAAUACAUUUCCAUAUAUAUGCAGACAUUAUUUACCAUUGUUGGAAUAAAAGAAAUGAAUUUUUUAACUGAAUUUAACUCUAAGCAUUAAUUUGAGGCAGGUGGCUUUCUUUCUGUCUAAUACUUGCACUACUCUUGAAAACGAGCUACGACUAUUCUUUCUCUCGCAGAGCAGGACGCACUUCAGUGGCGCGUCUCCGAUGCAAAGCAUGUGAACUGUAACAACCACGCAGCCGCUAGCUGAGCUGAGCUGAACCUCGACGAAUUUGCUUCGUUUCGUUUCGUUUUAUUCCUAAUUGAAGUACAUGUAAACACAAGGCCACUGUCGGUGCAUGUUUCCGGAUUUGUAUAUUGCUUUGCCAUCACUUGUUUCUGAAGAUUUUCCAAUAAAACUGUUCACACACA